UUAGCUGUGUUUGUCCUGAAAAUAGAAUACAUUUGUAUAUAAUGAGACAGAAAGAUUACAGGGAGGAUAGAGAGAGAUAGAGAGAGAACAGAUGGAUAGAGAGAGACGCACAGGAGAGGAGAGAGAGAGAGAGCGAGUGCAUAUCAGCGCACAAGCACUGGAAUCAAGGAGAAGAUGUGAAGACAGCACAUGAACGAGGCAGAGAGUGACGGAUGGAGACGGAGAGAGACUGAGAGACAGAGGGCUGGCAGGUGGACGGAUGAAAGAGCUGCAGACGACAAGAUGCUUCAGCUUUGUCAGUGUUUCCAGCAUCACGAGGACAGUACUGAACAACCUGCACAAACAGACUCGCAUAUCAGCAGCUGAUUUAAAUCAACUCUACACAUCUGGAUCACAUCAGAUCUUAAGGACACCUGCAAAGGAACAAAGGAAUACAAGCAAGACAAAGCAAACUAAAUGUAUGAAAUGUAAAACUCCUGUAGACAUCUCUAUUUUAUGGCAGUACGAUGGAAGAGCUUCAACUCCAAAUGAACUAAUCAAUAUGCUGUGGAUCACAUUCUCCACUGGGAGGCUGUUCUUGCGGCAAGAGCACAUAGAGAGUAAUGUUGAAUACUUUGAUUUACAGACUUAAUUUCUUUUUAAUGAGCUGGAAUGCGUUCCCUCUGCGAAGAAUGAGAAGUUGAAUGAUGCUCAGUGAGGCAUGCCCUUCAACACCUUCACACUCUUACAGACAAGCACAGGUUUGCUUAAGAAAUGCUCAAAUUUAGAAUUCUGCAGAUGAAACGAUCUUGCCUUUGGAUUCCAGAGAUCUGAAGGAACUGGGGUUCCUUAGGAGAUGGAGAUGAGACUCAUGUUAGGCUGUCGGGUUGAUCACAAGGACAUUCCUAUUGGACUGGUGCAAAAAAAAUUCAAGGAUACUAAAAAGUAGAAGAAAAAAUAACAAUAAGACAUUGAGUGACAUUUGGAAAUCACAUACAGAAAGGCCCAACUUGAGCACAACAUAUCCGAAAACACAAUUCAAUACAACAUAAAAUGGCUGAACUUGCUGGAUACAAUGGCAGCGAGAGCUUCUUGUUCUCAACUGGUCUGCCUUUCAAUUCUUCUGGUGACUAUGAGUAUUAUGAACCUGAACCCGAUGUCAGCAAGAUCAUCAUCCCCUCCAUCUAUGCACUGGUGUGCUGCAUCGGCGUCACGGGAAACGCCAUGGUCAUCUACGUCAUCCUCAGGUACGCCAAGAUGAAGACGGCCACCAACAUCUACAUUCUCAAUCUGGCCAUUGCGGACGAACUCUUCAUGUUGAGCGUCCCCUUCCUGGCGACCUCGGCCGCGGUGCAUCACUGGCCGUUUGGUUCGCUCAUGUGCCGUUUGGUUCUCAGUGUGGACGGCAUCAACAUGUUCACGAGCAUCUUCUGCCUGACCGUGCUGAGCGUGGACCGCUACAUCGCUGUGGUGCACCCAAUCAAAGCGGCUCGCUACCGACGACCGACCGUCGCCAAAGUAGUCAACGUUUGCGUAUGGGGACUUUCGCUGCUUGUAAUUCUCCCCAUCAUCAUCUUCGCAGACACAGUGCCGGCGCAAGACGGAGGAGUGGACUGCAACUUUCUAUGGCCAGAGUCCUCAUGGUCAGAAGCGUUUGUGGUCUACACAUUCCUACUGGGUUUUUUGCUCCCCGUGGCAGCCAUCUGCAUGUGCUACUGCUUGAUCGUGGUGCGCAUGCGAGCGGUGGGUCUAAAAGCGGGCUGGUUGCAGCGGCGGCGCUCUGAAAAGAAGAUCACACGCAUGGUGCUGCUGGUGGUCGCCGUUUUCGUCCUCUGCUGGAUGCCGUUUUAUAUUGUGCAGCUGAUUAGUGUGUUCCGCAGGCCGCCGGACCCCAUGGUGACUCAGCUAUUUGUCAUUCUAAGCUACGCUAACAGCGGCGCCAACCCCAUUCUCUAUGGAUUCGUGUCGGACAACUUCCGCCGCUCGUUCCAGCGUAUCAUUUGCUUCCGCUGGUUGGAGAAUGGACUGGACGCUGAGCAGGUGGACUACUGUGCUGUGGCCCUGCGGCGUCAGACCACAUGCGGCCCACCAGGUUUUCCAAAGGAGUGCUUGGCUUCCGACAUGGUGUUUCGUAAUGGAACCUGCACCUCUCGUACCACCACACUGUGAGAGGGUAUUCAGUGAGAGUUUAUAAGGAUAUCUGGCUCCAAAAUAAUAGUUUUGUCAUUAUUUACUCACCUUCAUGAAAAUCUUUUAGAGAUAUUUUGAAGAAUGUUGGGAAACAGUUUUUGUGACCAC